AUGGGAGCCCGACGCAGAACCCUCGAAUCCUUCUGGUUGCUCUCUCUCCUUCUGCUCCCUCUCAUUCUCCCGGCCUCUGCCGCUGACGGCAUCUUCAAAGUCAAGUUGAAGAAAAGGCCGUUGGACCAUCACAGCAGGAUUAAAGCCAAGUUAAUUCCCCAGAAAAGGCAGUCUGAAAGGGCUUCCCAGCCAAAGUCCGAGCUCGAGAAUAGCGAAAACAUCGCCAAUGGUUCAGACUUGCACAUAAUUGCUCUGAAGAACUAUAUGAACGCUCAGUACUACGGAGAGAUUGGAAUCGGCACCCCGCCCCAGAUGUUCACUGUCAUAUUCGAUACUGGAAGCUCCAACCUGUGGGUUCCCUCUUCCAAAUGCUAUUUCUCGGUGAGCAACAUCCUCUUUCAGUGAAUUAUUAUUACAAAGAAUCUAUUACCGUACCAAAGUGGGCAUAAAUGCUAAAUGGCUGUCUCAAACACCUUAUACCUUACCAAUCAGUUUCCUAUGCGAGUACCAUAACUAUGUUCGUUUUCAUUGGUGCUUCCAACAGUACCAGAAAAUCUAGGAUAUUGACUUUCCUUUCUCUUUCGAGCUCACACGCACAAUACCUUUUAUCCACAAUCCUUCAUCCUUGCCUCAGGUUCCGUGCUAUUUCCAUUCCAAGUACAAGUCCAGCCUGUCAAGUACUUACAAAAAGAAUGGUUCGUUUCUCUCCUUGUGCCCUGUUGUGGUAUAUUCUCGUCUUGUAUUUAUUACCAAUUUUACUGAUUUACGACAGUUUCAUGUCAAACAUUAUUAUCUGACAAUAAAAUUUAAAACUAUCUUUACUUCAGGAUAGUUAUGAGCUCUUAGAUUAUGUAUUUCUCUUGCAAGCUUCGUCAUGAAAAUAUUUUUAGAUAUCUUACUCCGUUACAUGCUUUUCACUUAUGUGGAUAAAGUUGCUCUUCAAUAUACAUCAUGAAAAGUGUACUGAUUUUUUUGUUUCCGGGGUUUUCGAAUGAGGAAUAUUAGUUUGAAUUCUUGUCUCUCAUUCGAGUUUUUUAAAUAUCUGUGUUAUAUAACUUCCUUUAAUAAAUCCUAAGAAUUUACGAAAUCUUUACUUCAAUAUUCAUCGUUUAUUCAAAAUAUUACUGCAUAAAAUCUACAACUAAAAUUGCAGGGAGCCCUGCAGAAAUUCAUUAUGGGACUGGUGCAAUAUCUGGGUUCUUUAGCGAAGACCAUGUUGAAAUUGGUGAUCUUAUUGCCAAGAAUCAGGUGGAGCUUUCUUGUAGUUUUUAUGAUCCGAUUAUUUUAUUGUCAUUUGAAGUUUGUUAUAUUUAGUCACUCCAUCUUUUCAUGGCAGAUUUUUAUUGAGGCCACCAAGGAGCCGAGUCUCGCAUUCUUAUUAGGAAAAUUUGAUGGGAUAUUAGGACUUGGGUUUCAAGAAAUUUCCGUUGGCAAUGCGGUUCCUGUAUGGUAUGAUUUUUAAUAGUUAUUUCCUGUUUUUCUUUUUUUUUUCUUCACUAUGAUUGUCAUUUUUUACCUCCUCUACAUCGUUCGUUUUUCUUUCCUAUCCCCUAUUAAAAGAUAAGCAUCUCAUAAUUCCUUCAUUGAUGACUCGGUUGUCUAGGGACUCUAAUGUGAGAAGAACCUUGGGAAGACUGUACAGUUGUUUGUGGAAUGAUUGAAGAUCGACAACAGACAACCUGAUAAAAUAAAAUGUAUCCAAUCUUAUUAGCAGACGGUCUGCAUCUGUACUGCAUAUGUGAAGAUAAGUUGCUAGUGUGCCCAAACUUACCAUGUAAGAUGAGGCAAGUAGUCUGGGAGGAUAUUUCACGUUUAAAAGCUGUCCCUUCUCAUAUAAGCGAUGAUACCCUCAUUGUUUUUUGCGGCAUGAGUUGGGUGGAGAGUAAUGCAGUGGAGACAGGUGUUUACUUGAUUUUGCUCCAAAUGGUAUACUGGGAAUAAAAGAGGGAAAGGAAUCAUAUUUUCACUUCCGAGAAGGCAAGCUAAAACAACGUGUUUUGCUUGAAUGAAAAUAGUAUUUUUUUUAUUUAGAUCUCAGAACCCCUUUAAUCUGAUUAUCUGCUCGUUAUGACAUGGAAGCAGUGACAUUGACAUUUUUAUCUUAAUUAUUUAUAAAUUUUAUUUAAUUUUAUGAUUAGUUAGAGAGAAGAGAAAGUGGAUAAUUUGAGUGGAUUUGGAAAUUUACAAGCAUCAUUCGGGCCAUCCUGGCAGUUUACAUCAACAAGUUAUUUUUUAAUUUGUCUAAAGUUGCAUUGAAGUUUCUAGUCAGAGAGAGAGAGAGAGAGAGAGAGAGAGAGCAUGCAUUAAGCGCAUUUGGACGUUUAAAAACAUUGUGUUGAAUGCGUCUGAUUACUGAAGUUACAUUUUCCUUUUGGAGGUCGGUCAAAUGUGCCAUACCUUCGAAAUGUGAUCUGGGGGCCCUUUCUCUUCUUCCCAUAUACAUGCACAUGCAACGCUUGAAUGAAAGAUCAUCAUCCCCAUUUUUAUUACUCACUUAUUUGAUGUUCAUCUAAAUUAAGCGUUUCCAGUGGUGGAUGAUGAGAAAUGGAUUCUCUUGUGCUAUGAACUUAAUAACUUCUACUGUGCAGGUAUAACAUGGUCGAUCAAGGUCUUAUAAAAGAACCUGUUUUUUCUUUCUGGUUUAAUCGUAAUGCCAAGGAAGAUGAAGGUGGAGAAAUUGUCUUUGGUGGGUCGGAUCCUAAACACUACACCGGAAACCACACCUAUGUACCUGUAACACAGAAAGGUUAUUGGCAGGUGAAUCUCCCUAGGCCAGACUACUGCAGUAUGAACUCAUAACCUUAAUUUCUGUUGUAAACUCUCAUGUGUGACUUGUUGUUGCAGUUUAAUAUGGGAGAUGUACUCGUUGGUGAAAAUUCUACUGGUAAUAAAUCAAAACUUUUUUUUAAUUUAAGAAAUUUCUUAUCGAAGGUUGUUGAUUCACAAUUUUCUUGCUGCGUCAAUUCUUUUUGUAAAAUUCCAGGUUUCUGUUCUGGUAGUUGUUCAGCGAUUGCAGAUUCUGGGACAUCCUUAAUUGUGGGCCCAACGGUAUGUAUUCAAAGUUAAAAUUUAUGUUUUGGUACAGAUGGAGGCAUGAAUUUCAGAACUCAUUUCGCGGUUUUUGGCAGUUUUAGCAGAAGGUUGAAACUAGAUUACAGGAUUUAUCAAAAAACUAAAAUUAUAAAUAUAUAGGGUUGAUAAAAAAUAUAUAACCUGUUACAGAAUUUAUUUCAGAAUAUUUCGUGAUGGAAUUUCGUAAAACUUUUUGAACUUUUUUUCUGCUUUACUAUUAUCUUCGGGCCGCAUUUCAUUACAUGUGUUUAACGAAUACUCCAAGACCAUCCAAAAUUUUAGUAGAAUCCACCUAUACACUGCUUAUUUGCCUAUUACAUACAUUUACAUUCUGAUGCUUACAUGUCAAAUUGAAUAAAAUACUCAGUAAUUGUGUUAUCUAACAUGCGUGCCUCCUCAUCGUAAGAUCACUGUUUGCGAAGUCUAAAAUAACUAACCUGGGCUAAACUGAGCUUUUGGCGACUUUUAUAAGUCAGUGACCAAGUUUGGAGAAAGUUUCAAGCAUAGGUUCUAAACCGGAAUCCUCUGAAACCUCAGUCCUCCUUUAAGGAAGAUGAAGUAGAAGUAGAAGACUGACCUUGGGAUAGCCACAGGGCAAGAAAAAUAGAUUUUAGGGUUUAUCAGUCGGACCUUAUCUUGAGAUCAGGAAACUUAAAUCGUACCUCUCUUGUGACAUUGCUUUCUGUACAUGGAUUAGCACAAAAGCCUAAACAAGGGUAGAAAGGAAGAACACAAAAAAGGGAAAGGCAAUGCUAGGAAUGUAGUGUCCUCUUUUUAAUGCCCCCCUAAUUCAUGGAGAUCAUACCCUGGGAGUUUGUCCAGGAACUCCACGUAUUGCGGAGUCGUCGGAUACUUUGUGAGAAAGUCAACAACCUGGUCUUGGAAAGUAAGAGUGCUAGAAAUUCAAAGAGAACUCCAAUUGUCACAAAUAAAACGGAGUAGCAGUUGAAAAUCCUUUGCCCAAAUCAGCAAGAAAAUGAUCCAACCAAACUUGCAAGAAGAUGAAUCAGCUACAGCUUAGUACGUAGCCCCAAUAUUGGAACAAGAAGCAAAAAAUUAUUUCUUGUCCUUAUCAGAGAAGAGAUAGUUGUGUAGAAAACUGUAGAAGCUGUAGUCCAGCAAUGGUUACUAGGCUUUGGCUUUCUAAUCACCACUAACAUAGACAUUAAACUCCUGAGGCAUAUUUUGGAGUACAUUGCAUUAACAUGGUGCAGCGAAAGGUCAUUGAAGAUAUUUUAUAACAUGGGUCCGGGCAGAAAAGUAGACUGAUUAAGGACUGCUAAAAACUAAAGAUAUAAACACCACGAUUGGGCUUUAGACAAGAGACGUGAAGCACACAACAGCAUCGUUAAGUUGAGAGUUGCAUGUUGGAUCCCACAAGGGUACAAUCGUGAAUCUCAAUUGUACUUGAAUUGGAGAUAGCAGUGCACUUAAAACUGUCGUUGGAAUACUUCAGCUGAGAUAAUUGAUAACAUUGAGUAGAUUAAACAUUGUUGAGACUAAGGAAAUAGCCUAAAUCAGGCGCAAGAUCCUUCUCUAAAUCUAUAUAUUACCUUGUGAAGAUGACACACAUGAAGUGGUUACAUAGCAGAACUAAGAGGAGGCUGAAUGUAAGCUUUAUCAGAGAGGUGAGUGUGAAGCUGAGCCUUAUAACGAUUAAUCAUACCAUCAGGGUUGGUUUGGCUCUCGUUAGUUUGCUUAAACCUGAAAGGAUAGACUCUGAAGAGAAAUGGAACAAGUUCUCAAGUUCGGCCCUCCUGAAGUACAAUAAGGUCCUCAUCCAUUCAUGGCACCACUUAGGUUAUGGAAUUUCUUGCCGUUAACUUUGAAGCUUUUCAUAAGUGCAGAGUUACAAAAAAUAGUGAACAAUUUAGAGUCUAGCCUAGCAGCCGGGUAAGAUGAGACCAAACGGAUUUAGAGGAUGACAACAAUGUGGGGGUUGUGUUCUGAACGGUCCACUGCAGGGAGAGUAUGAGCAAGACAAGUCAUGGCUUUAUCCAUAGUGAGAAUAUGGUCACAGUAUCUGAUUGAUCGGUAAAGUUGAUUGAACAUCAGCUAUGAUCUUCUUCCUAGUUGAGGUACUAGAACAGACUUAAGCACAUUUGAAGCAAUGCAAAUAAGAAAAUCAUUUCAUGGAGAUAUUUUAUUCAUCGUAGCAUCAGCGUAUAUCUUAUCUAAAGGUACACAAAAAAAAAACCGAAUCUCUUAAAUUAUUACGUCAAUUUUUUCCACUUUACUCACCUAUGUCUCUGCUUCAAACUCUUUCUACUCCUGUAUUUUCAGCCUUAUACAACAAUUUUAGACAGAAAAACAGAGAGACUAUGGUUGAUUCCAAAGGCUUUACUCGUGUUUUCAGUGUUCGUUGUCUGUUUCUUGAUUAGGCUCGUUUGAAAACUUUGAGCUUACUACAUGUAGUAUGCGUUUCCCUUUCUUCUUUGGAUUUCUUUAAAAGGGGCUCCUGUAAUAUGCGACUGAUAAUUGCACCCUAUGAGAAAUCCAAAAUUGAGUAACUCGGAUAUUCCUUCCAAUUCGGAAAUGUAGUAAUUUCACAUAAAGAAAAAUCUUUAAAGUUUCCCUGAGGAUUUUGUUUCUAGUUUAGAGACAGGAAAAAGCUAGGUUAUUGAAAGGAGGUUGUACAAAUGACAAGCAUAAUUGAGAGGUAUUUUACCACAAUGUUUCAUCUCCCCCUUAUGGUCUUUGCUUGAAAGGGCCAUUUACACUUUUAAAUGCUGGAACCAUACUCGAGAGAAUUUUGAGGAGCCGUUUCUAUCGUCAACUACUGAAUGACUUGUGUGCAACGUAUUGUAAAUUAGGAAGCUGCUUUCUCUAAAUCCUUUGGGGGAAAUCACAAGGCCAUACUUCUGGUCGUAGGCCAGUGUUCGAUUGAUAAGUGGAUGAAUCUUUUCAAGAUCUCUAACAUCGUUUAAUUCUGUAUACAGGCCACAGUAACAGAGAUCAAUCAUGCUAUUGGAGCUACUGGUGUUGUUAGCGAAGAGUGUAAAAUAGUUGUCUCUCAAUAUGGCCAAGCAAUACUCGAUCUUUUGUUGUCUGAGGUGCUUUUAACAUCUUUUGUGUCAUGCCCACCCUACAGAUUUCGCUGAAGUACAGAUAUCUUCCUUUGAAAAUAAUAAUCAGCCGUUUAUGUGAUAUUUGUCUCCAGACACAGCCGAAGAAAAUAUGCACACAGAUUGGUUUAUGUAAUCUUGCUGGAACUCAAGGAUUUAGGUGAGAAUAAUUUCUUUUCAGCAUUAAUUCCGAGGAAAAAGAUCAUAUUUAUUUGCUAUAUUCCUUGCGGCCCAAUCUGGUCAUCUAUGUUUUCCCCUGCAGUGAGGGUAUCCGGAGUGUAGUUAGUAGCGAUGAAGACAGAUUAACCUCAGGCUUGAACGAUUCGAUGUGUACAACGUGUGAGAUGGCGGUUGCUUGGAUGCAGAACCAGCUGAAGCACAACCAAACAAAAGGUCGAAUCUUGGACUAUGUCAAUGAGGUCAAGUCCUUGAACCGAGUGGAUAUCUGUGUCUUUAUUUUUCUUCACGGGUCGUGCCAUUCACUUGAAAUAAAUAUGCCCUUUGGUCUGGAACCUCACGCAGUUAUGUGACCGGCUUCCUAGUCCGAUGGGUGAAUCUCUUGUCGACUGCAACAGCCUCUCAUCCAUGCCUAACGUUUCUUUCACCAUUGGUGGCAAGACAUUUUCUCUGUCUCCCGAGCAGGUAUGGUUGAUCCUCUGUGAAAUCCGUCUCUUAUUAUUCAUGUGCACUGGUUAACAUUAUAUACAUUAUUGUGGUAUUAGUUACCUUCUUCUUUGUCCCUUUUUUUUUUUGAUUCAAUCUUUCUCUUUCCCUCAGUCACCGAGCUGAUUAAUUUCUCUCUGGGGGCUCUAUUGUGGUAUAACUAAGUUAUAAUGCUCUCAAUAUGGCCAAGCAUUUAGCUGCUCAUAGAAUGCACGAGUCAACUGUGCCACACUUUUUGGGGGGAAAUUUUCUUUUUGGUAGGUUGAGCGUUUUUUUUCUACAUCUGCCUUCAAUUUUAUCGCCUCAUUCCUUUCGGAGAUAAUUACUUUCAAGUAUUUCUACUUCAUCAAGGAAAAAGUGUUCCUCAAGCUGAUUUCUUUCUUUUUUUUAAUUUUUCGCUGCUAAAAAUAACCACAUGUAAUCUAAAAUUCAUCUUAAAAAAUGUGAGAAGAGCUGCGUAAUCUCUCGCAUUUGUACACAACUGCUAGGAUUUCACUGAGGAUAGUGACCGGAUGAGCCAAUUCAUUUUUUUAAAGUUUUAUCGCAUUUCCUUUAGCAUACUUUUGGGUGGUUCUGUCGACUAUCCUUCGGCUGAGAUCACCGGAUUAUGCAUUAAUAAUGAUCGAAAAGAAAUUACCCAUACAUGAACUUCUUGAUUUACAGUUCUCUAGUAAAAUCUUUCAAAUUUUUAGAAUUAGAUUUACGCUAUUAUCCCGGAGUUUUUCUUUAGAGCAUUAUAACGGGGGGCAUAUAUCAGUGUUACUUUGAGAAAAACAAGUUUUUUGGAAAUCCAUUACUGCUGAAGUUGAUUACCUGUGGUACAAUCCACUAAACAGUAUCAGACACGGCCUUUCAGGGAUGGUGAGGAUUUGGGUCUAAUAAAAAGUUCAUAAUCUUAUAUUAAUCAUAAAUUUGUUCUUUGUAGUUUAGCAACUUAAGAUGGCAUUACCGUUUCUGGACCAGCUGUGUAUCUCUCUCUCUCUCUCUCUCUCUCUCUCUCUCUCUCUCUCUCUCUCUCUCUCUCUAUCUAUCUAUCAUACUGAUUAACACGCAUAGUGGUUUUUUUUUCUUUUUUAAACACCAGUACUUAUGAGGUGCAUAAUUUUACCUACAUCGAGCAAUACAACAAGAUAUAUCCAUAAUCUACAUUUUUUAUGUUAUCCAAUUUACCACAUUUGGCAAUUCUGUACUGCUAAAUCAUGAAAGAACUUCACAAUGAACAUUUUUGGAAUCAGUGGAUAACCCGCAAACAUGGCAGGUGACGAUUUGCGUCUUCCAACCGUUCUCCUACGAUUAUUAACUCUGUUUUUCUCAUCCACAGUACGUUCUUAGAGUCCAAGGAGGCUCGGCUGAGCAGUGCAUCAGUGGGUUUACAGCCUUGGAUGUGCCCCCACCUCGCGGCCCCCUGUGGUUUGUCCACCCAUCCGCCCCGCCUCACCCUUCUUUAAAUUCCGCAACAUUCUCAAUUUAACUUUCUUACAAAAAAUAUAAUAUAAUAUAAUAUAUAUAUACAUAUUUAUUUUUUUAAUUUCUAUCGAUAGAAGUUCGAGACCCGCAGCCGAAUUCCAGUAGUUAUAUAAACUGCCCAGAGUAAUUCACUGGCAUGGCAUCUCCAGGAUCCUGGGCGACGUCUUCAUGGGUGCCUUCCACACUGUGUUUGACUACGGCAACAUGACAGUCGGAUUUGCUGAAGCAACGUGA